GAGCUCAUUAAUAAAAGUUCCGUUUCCGUCAUCCAAUAUCAUUUCUAUUUUUACACAUCAACAUAAAACCGGAAAAUGUUGCUCGAUCCGCAAGAAACAUCAUCAUUAAAUAGAUUGAUUGUAAGACAAAUUGGAUGCAAUAAUCGUUCACGUUUGGCUAAUCUUAAUGGUAAUAAACUCAUUCUAUGCAGUUCAAUUAAUCGUGGUGAAUCAAUCAAAUAUGAUUGGGUCGAUACAAUGACCAUAAAUGGUUUAUCAUCAGCAUCAUCCAUUGUUAAUAAUAUAUCAUCAUCAUCCGACAAUAAUGAAUCAUGGUCAUCAACAUCAUUCAAACAUAUUAACAAUACCGGUAUCGAUAGUACAAAUAUUGAUCAUCAACGUAUAUCUACACCCGUUUUUCAUAUAUUUUAUUCAACAGAAUAUUCCGAUUCAAUUAUUUAUAUAAUGGCUGUAUUGUGUAUAUAUUUUCUAUUAUUUUCAUUAUUAAUCUAUGCAAAUUGGACUUCAUUCAACCACAAUAACAAUGAUAAUGACAAAAAAAGUCGAAAAAAACGAAAACGAAAACAACAUAAACGAGAAAAUAAUAAUAAUAAUAAUAAUGUUGUCAACGGCAACAACAAUCAAGUAAUUCCGAAACCGAAAUUUCAUUUGGUAAAUUUUUUCGGAAAACAAACACCAGAAACAACAACGACAACAUUAUCGCAUGCUGAUUAUAAUCUAAUACGAAUUGAUCCAAUGAUUAUUGAAAGAAACGAUCAUCAUCAUAAUCGACCAUUUGGUUUGAUUUACGUUGUCACUACAAUCAUACCAAAUACAAUCAAAUCCUCAUUGAAAAGAUUAGUGACCAAAUUUAAUCAACGACAAAAACGCCCGAUAAUAACUUCAACUGAUUCGGGAGCUCCACCCGAUAACCAUGAACAGACAAUAAAAUUUAUGGAUCAAUAUUCUCAAAAUCAGAAUCGACCAGAAUUUAUAUAAUUUUCAUUUUAUUUUCUAUAUUUUCCAUAAUAAACAUGAAAAAUCCGUAUUUUCAAUCAACACUCAUAGAUGGCAGUAUUUUAUUCACGACCAAGAAAAAUCAAU